AGAGAGAGAUCGGAAAACUCACCCUUACCAGAGAGCGAGCGAACGAAGGCGAUGAGUGCCUCAACCUCUCCCACGAAAAAACCCAUCCCGUGGUGAGUGUCCUAACCGUUUUGGAAAGCUGAGCCCCGCUGCUAGUCGGUCCACCAGCCAGCGUACGAUUUCCACUUUAGCUUCUGCCGACGGCGGCGGCAUUGACGGCGGCAUUUUCGAGCUAGCGGUUCGUUCGUUUCGCGCGGAGUGAUUGUGGCGUUUGUGCUGUGCUGUGUUCUGUCGCGUACUACUCGCGUUAUCAACCCUCCCCGGGGUUAGCGCUUGGAUAACCGAUCCAAAAGCCGGAAAAGUGGAAUUGUUUCACUUUCCGCCGCGCUGCCUGCAAACAAAAAACAAUAGCAUCCAGGUAUUUCCAUCUGGUUUUGCAUUGCUUCCGGCUGUCCAAAACUGACGCAAAAGCCCCACUGGCAACGUCCGGACGUCCGGUGUGUGCAGUGCGUAAAGCGUCCCUCCCUUAGCAGCGGAGAAACAUUGUUGCUUGCGUGGAUCGCGAAUGUGUGGUUGAGCAAAAGCGGUACGUUGGUUGGUUGCGUCAGCUCGGGUGCGUUUGUGUGCGGGAAUCUUUUAUGUUGUGCCCGCAGUGGAGAUAACAAAAAAAAAAAAAAUGAUAAAAUUCCGCUGCAACCGGCCAUGCAAAUAGCCCGAAGCCCGGACAGCGGAACUGCUGGUUGCGUGUGCCUGUGUGUACUGCUGCAGUGAAUACGGCGAAUGAAGGCAACGGUGGAUUUGGCUUAAACUUAUCCUUGGUUGGGUAGAUGUGAAUGUGAAUGAGUGUGUGUGUGUGUGUGUGUUUCAGGGGGGUGAUUAAAUGCCGCUGGUGGUAUGCGGCUGUGUAGGAAGGGCGCAACAAAAAAUGGAGGCCCGCUAACCGUAACCGUGUGUGUGCGUGGUGCAUUUGUGUUUCAGCGAAAAUGAUCAAAUAUUCAUGCUAAUGGUGAUGAUGAUGAUGAUGAUGAUGCUGAUGAUGCUGUUGCCUGAUGGUGGUGAUGUUGUGCGAAGAUCUUUGUGCGAUAGCCGUGUGGCGGAAAGUGUGGGUAUGUGAGCUUUCCCCCCAGAAGCUUUAAGAGCCCCAGCAAUGAAGUGUAAAUUUCAUCCAGUGGGGAAAUAAAAGUGUAUUUGCCGUUUGGUGUGACAUCCUUCUGUGGAAGGCGGAAAGGAAAAAAAAAGAGAUCCCACAAAGUGUUAAAGAAAGCUCCCUUUCGUUAUCAAGCAUCGAGAUAAAGGGCUGCUUUUUGGAGGUUACAGCAAAAAGGGGAAGUUUUCAGGAAUUUCUUCAACCCAAUUUCUUCGCCAACCAUCUUCGCCGGCCAGAACAGCUGUAAUUUCCCCGCUAGCCGUGGCCAUUUAGUCGAACACAGAAAAGAGGAAACAUAACAGACUUUAUCAUCUUAAACAUCGACUGAGGAAAAAGGAAUUAUAAUACACUGCCUGUUUUUAUUUGCAUUCUUCAGUUGGUGUAUGUUAUCCGUGUGGUGCUGUGCAAAGAUUAACGAAAGUGAAUUGGCGGCGGGUGUGGAACCGUCUAGAGAUAAUUUCUACUCCAUUAUGCAGUGUUCGGUGUGCGGGUGGAAUUGAAUUGGCAACCGAGUAAGGAAUAUUAAUUGCACCCGUGAAUUGAAUCCGUCGAAUUUACUGGCGCGCUCGCGAGCCGGAUAAGAACGGCAUGCCGAGUGGGGCAGGUUCUUGCCGUCAUCCUAGCCGGCCCCGCCCCAUACCGUGUUGUUCGUCGCGUGUGUAGAAUGGCCGAUCCUCACGUGGGGAACCGGUAAUGUUCCCCCAUUCGUUAACCGCACUGUACAAUGCAGGCCCACGAUGGGCCAAAGCGAUCCUACCGCCACGACCGUCAGCAGCAGCAGCAGCAGCCGGAACCGGAGGUGAGCAGCCGUGUCACGUCCUGUGCGGGGUUCGUGCUGCAAACGAAACUCGUCCCAGCCCGUGCCACGAUCUGGCUGUGGGUGCUGUGGUGUGCCUGCAGCUUCGCCGUCGCUCCUGCCCGGGCCGGACCGCGCUACAGCUCGCGCAUCGUCGAUACAAAGUCGGGCGCCAUUCGGGGCGUCAUUCUCGAGCUCAACUCCAAGCACCUCGAGCCAGUGGAGGUUUUUAAAGCAGUGCCGUACGCAACCCCUCCGAUAGGAAGUUUACGUUUUGAGCCACCCAAGAAGCUUCCGCCGUGGAAGGGAACGAAGCUAGCGGAUACGUUCGGUUCGGUGUGUCCACAGAGCUUCCCCGACAUCAGCAAUCGGACGGCGGCACUGCUCUCGAUGCCGAAGGGGCGUUACCAGCAUCUGAAGCGACUGCAACCACUGCUAGCGAACCAGAGCGAGGACUGUCUGACGCUCAACAUUUACGUCCCCGGAAGUGGAAGCCGCGGACUGGAGGCACCGUACUCAAUUUUCUUCUACAUUCACGGCGAAGCGUACGACUGGGGUUCCGGCAAUCCGUACGACGGCUCGGUACUGGCAAGCUACGGUCACGUCAUAGUUGUUACAGUCAAUUUUCGUUUAGGAAUACUCGGUUUUCUAAAAACUCGUGCCUCACUGUCACCCGGUUCCGGCGGUAAUCUAGGAUUAAUGGACAUCAUUCUCGCUCUGCAGUGGGUUCGAGAUAACAUAGCGUCGUUCGGUGGCGACCCGAAGCGCAUCACCAUCGUCGGCCACGAUACGGGGGCCGCGCUCGCGAAUCUCGCCCUUAUCUCCAAGGCGGGCAAGGGACUGGUACAGCGGGCGAUCCUGCUGAGCGGCUCGGCACUCAGCCCGUGGGCACUCAUCCCGGACCCGGACGCGGUACGGCUGGAGGUGUCGCAGCAGAUGGCAUGCCAUCUCGUGCCGGGCCGGAACGGUCGCAAGCCCACCACCGACGACAUUACCGAAUGCCUGCGGGACAAGCCAAUCGAGGCGCUCAUGGGCGUGCGGCUUACCAGCGUGCGCUUUAUGCCCUCCUGGGGCCCGUUCCUGCCGCUGGAGGACUCGAUGGAUCCGGAGUUCGCGAUGGAACACUCCGGCGAGGGCUUCAUUACGAGCGAGCUAAUGCUGGGCAUGACCACGACCGAAAGCUACAGCGACUUUAGCGCGUCUGACAUUCAGUACGGGCUCGAGGAAGACCAGCGAAACAGGCUACUGCGGACGUACAUUCGCAACGCGUUCACGUUUCACCUGAACGAGAUAUUCUCCGCCGUCCGGAACGAGUACACCGACUGGGACAAACCGAUCCAGCACCCAAUCAAUAUCAGAGAUUCGACCAUGGAAGCGUUGAGCGAUGGCCACACGGUGGCACCGAUCAUUAAGGUCGCAUAUCUGCAUGCGAGACGUGGCGCAAAGACGUACAUGUUUCACUUCGGCUAUCAAAGCAAGGAGAGUGAAUAUCCGCAGCGGCUUGGGAGCGUGCGGGGCGAAGAUCUGCCGUACAUCUUCGGGCUGCCGCUGGUGCAUGGCGGGCCGGUCUUUCCCCAGAACUACUCGCGCCAGGACAUGGGCGUCAACGAAGCGGUGCUCAACUUCGUGACCAACUUCUGCAAAACGGGCGACCCGAACGAGGCCGGCCACCAGCAGGCGGCCCCGCUGCAUCCCGACUACGGUACGGCGAAGGAGCGGACCCGCUUCCGGUUGAUCACGUGGGAAACGUACGAAACCACCACGCAGCAGUAUCUGAGCAUCUCGACGAAGCCAAAAAUGCGUAGCCACUAUCGGGGGCACAAGAUGGCACUCUGGUUGAACCUGAUUCCGCAACUUCAUCGUCCGGGCGAUCCGGAAGUUUCCAUGCGACACCAUCACUUCCGCGAACGGGAACCCCACUACUAUGCCGGUUCGGUACGUGCGGAAUCGUUCAGCCGGCCGCGAUCGCUCUACCAGAACGGUGUCAUCAACGAUGCGCAGGAAUCGCGCCAGGAAUCGUUCGGCACCGAGUGCACACCGGACCCGACGAUGGGCGAGGUGCUGCAGGAAAAUGGCGUCGGGGGCGGCGGUGGCGGCGGUCCCGGCGACACCCUCACGAACGUGCUCAGCGAGGAGGAGGAGGAGGAGCUGCUGGAGAAGCUCGCCAACCGGCAUUACUACAGCUAUACGGCAGCGCUGGGUGUGACGGUGGGCGUCGGCUGUCUGUUGCUGCUGCUCAACAUGUUGAUCUUUGCCGGUAUCUACUACCAGCGCGACCGCACGAAACGGAAAUCGCAAACGUCCCAGUCGAGUGGAACGGUCGGCGGCAGUGGCGUUACCAGCGGCACAUCAGCCUCCCUCUCGGGCAGCAACGGAACGCCGGACGAGUCGGAAAUUCCGCUCACCAGCAUACCGAGUCCGUCCCCGGUCAAGGCGAAGCGUACGAUCGAGCCACCGCCCAGUUACGCGACACUGCCGAAGCGAACCGGCAACAAUGGGGCAUCCACGGGCAUCCACCAUCAGCACCAGCACCAUCACCAUUUGCAUCAGCAUCUGGCGGGCGGCUCGAGUGGGACGAAGGAGACCAAGCUGGGAUCACCGCCCACGUCCACCCAUCUUCGGACGGGGGCCAGCACACUCGGCCGCUCCGGGACGGGGAGUUUCUACGACUCGUCCACCAGCAGCCGGCAG